AUGGAACUUAAAUCCGCCCAAAAAAAUAAAUCAUUCAGAAAAAAAUUAUUGAAUAUCUUUAAGCUUUCAUUUUUAAAUGGCCUCGGUGGCAAUAAGAAUCGAAAAAGUAAAAUACUGGCUACAAUCCUGUUUGCCACAGUUGUAUUAUUUUUAAUUAUAUUAAUUACUGGAAGUAGUAUUUUUGGUAUUAGUUUGGGUACAGGUAUCAUCCCAUUUUCCUCUUCCUUAACUACUAAUGCCGAUAUCAAUAAUAUUCCAAGCGGUAAAAGGUAUCCUCCAGUGCAUGGUUUGAACCUUUAUGAAACCAAAGUGACUAAUUCAUUAAUUUUCCCUCAAAUUGAACAUCUGUCUAAUUUAAAAAAAAUGGGAUAUAAAACAUUAUUUAUUAGAAGAACAGAUAUUAACGGCAAAAGCGAUUAUUAUGUUAAAAACAAUGAGAUACCAAUGACAGACAAGGAAAAGAAACAACUUGCUGCAGAAGCCGACAAAACUGCUUUCAUUAAAAAAACAUUUCUAGAUCUAGGGAAGGUGGUUUAUAGAAGGAAAAGAAAAAGCAAUUCUCCAUCCGUGGUCAUUGUUACCCUUUUGGAUUAUGAGAAAUACAAUUUGGAAAGUAUUGUACAAAUUGUUCAGAAUAGAGUGGAUUAUGCACAAAAACACAACUAUGGUACUUAUAUCCGUUGGGCGCAAGAGUUUAUUCCAUACCUAGAAGCUCAAUCAUUAGAUACCUCUUAUGAGUUCAUUAAACCAUUAAUUAUGAGGGCAGCAAUGCAUACUUUCCCCAACACCAACAACUUUUGGUUUAUAGAUGAAGACGGAUUAAUUAUGAACCUAGGUUUAAGUUUACAACAACAUUUAUUAAAUCCUAAAAUUUUGGAUUUGGCUACAUUGAAGAAGGUGCCUCUAGCACGUGGAUCCUUAAUUAAAACAUACAAUAGUCCUUCUAUCUCUAUCGAUGGUAAAUAUAAAGAUGUUGAUACUGCGGAUUUGAUUUUCCCACAACAACAACAACAACAGGGAGAACUAGAAACUUUUUCAUUUGUAUUGAGUAACAAUUUAUACACACAUGCAUUUUUAGAUUACUUAAAUGAUCCAUUGGUGAGAAAUUAUGAUUGGGGUCAUAACAACCCAUUGGGCAAGGCAAUAACACAUUGUUUGCAAUGGCAUCCUUCUCUAUUAAAAAGAUUUAGAAUGGUUGUCCCCAAAACCAUUGCAUCUUCUUAUGAUCCAGUUAAUUCAAAAUUUCCAGUGGCUGAAAAUCAAAAGGGGAAAGAACCAUUUUAUGUAGAUAAUGAUAUGGUUGUUUUAUUAAAAGAUUGCACUAAAAGGCAUUCAUGUGCGGAAGAUUUAACGCAGUUUUAUGAAGAAGUUAAGCAUUGA